UCAGUCUGCCCCCACUCAGCUCAUUCUCUCUCCUCCACUCCCAGCCGUUACGCACACGCGCGCUGACCGACACCGCUCUGACCCACACCAUGCGUACCUGUCCGGAGCCUUUCUACCACCCCGAGCUGGAUUUUACUCCUGCGUCCGGCUGAUAAGGACUCGGAGAGCUGACUGAAAGGAUAUUCCGACCUGCUGAGAUUUGACUUUUUUGCUGAGCUGGAGAGCAGAGCGCCGCGCAAAGGAUUUAGUGGAGGAGCCGUGCCAUGAGAACUGACCUCUGAGUGGGAGCCCAGCAGCCCUUUGUAUUUGUAUCCCGCGUGAACUGGAGCCACCGUUGAUCAUGAGGAGCAGCUCCUUCUUCCUGCCUCUUGGUGUGCUCUCGGCUCUGCUGCUGUCUCAGGUCUGCUCCGGCAUCAAAUGGCUAACACUUUCGCACACUCCCGCCUCCUUGCACGUCAACCAGUCCCAGCACUGUAAGCUGCUGCCGGGCAUGGUGUCCUCCCAGGUGCAGCUGUGCCGCAGCAACCUGGAGCUCAUGCAGACCAUCAUCCAGGCCGCCCGCGAGGUCAAGAAAACCUGCCAGAAGACCUUCUCUGACAUGCGCUGGAACUGCUCCUCCAUCGACAUCACCCCCGACGCCCCCAAAUACCGGCCAGACCUGGACAGAGGAACGAGGGAGGCUGCUUUUGUCUACGCCCUGUCGGCAGCGACCAUCAGUCACACCAUAGCGCGGGCGUGCACGACCGGGGAUUUGCGGAUAUGCUCGUGCGGUCCAAUUCCCUCGCAGAUCCCGGAGCCUGGCUAUCGCUGGGGUGGCUGCGCUGACAACCUGCACUUUGGUUUGAUGAUGGGCUCCAAGUUCUCCGACGCUCCCAUGAAGAUGAAGCGCGCGGGCUCCCAUGCCAACAAACUGAUGCAUCUACACAACAGUGAAGUUGGCAGACAGGUACUGCGAGAGGCUCUGGUCAUGAAGUGCAAAUGCCACGGUGUGUCUGGAUCCUGCUCCAUAAGGACUUGUUGGAAAGGCCUCCAAGACCUCAGGGAGAUCGCCAUGGACCUUAAGAUCAAGUACCUGUCCGCAACCAAGGUGGUUCAUCGGCCCAUGGGGACACGCAAGCAGCUGGUGCCCAAAGACAUCGACAUCCGGCCGGUGAGGGACAACGAGCUGGUCUACCUGCAGAGCUCCCCGGACUUCUGCGCCAAGAACGACAAGCACGGCUCUGUCGGCACGCAGGACAGGCAGUGCAACAAAACCUCGGUGGGCAGCGACAGCUGUGACCUGAUGUGCUGCGGCCGUGGCUACAACCCCUACACAGAGAAGCUGGUGGAGCGCUGCCACUGCAAGUACCACUGGUGCUGCUACGUCACCUGCAAGAAGUGCGAACGGACUGUGGAGCGAUACGUCUGCAAAUGAGCGGGCGCUUCCCGCCAGCAGCCCUCCCCUCUGUGCCGGCCGCCCGAGGGCCACAGAUUAACCAAAGCACCGCCGCGCCCAGAAGGCUGACUGCCCUCUUAAGCUUUAGCAUGCCUAUCUCAGCCAGAAGCGAUCUUUUCUCAUGCAGUAUCAUUUUUGUACGAAAUCUCCAAACCUCAAUUUGGGCUACAGGUUUUUUCUCCAGAACAUACUCGGACGUGGAAAAGCGCGGUUCACCCGGGCGCCGCCAUCCUCCUGGGUAUUUUCUUCUUCAUGUUUAUAAUUAUAAUCCCCCUUUUGCUCCCGCAAGGGAAACAGAGUCAGUUUUAUCAUAUCUCUAAUAAAAAGAAGUAAUAGUGGAUUCUAAGCUGGAGGAUUCUCCUGACUUGUGUUUGACUCCAUUUCACGGAAAUACAAGAGCUCUCGUGGAUCCACAUUUUGUUUUUUAGGUACUGUUGAAACGUUUUCCUUCCUCAGCUUUGGAGAACAGAGGAACACAAAGGGAACCCGGCGUACUUUUCGGUCAUGGAACGUUUUUGUGGCUGAUGUUUUGGACUCUGAACAUGUGCCCUGCGUGGAUCGUGAUAUGCCUGCCUCCCUGUGGAAAGACAAACAAAACCAAGAACUUUGAUAUGGAGCCGUAUCUCCUUUUAGUCUGACAAGCAGGCAGUUCAAAAUAUAUUAUAUUUUUCAGAGCAUAUGAGCUAAACUCAUGGAUUUUGUUAACCACUUCUGUGUGGAUGUAUAUACUGUUAUUUUGUAUACUGAAAUAAAGAAAGAAGU